AUGUCGUCUGGUUAUGGUCUCACUGGAGGCCCCUCACGAUGCUUCCCCUUCUGGCAGGAGGUUCUAGCUUGCUACGUCGUUAACACCAAUACCGAGGAUGAUACCGGAAAGAAGAAGUGCAAGCCAGUGUUGGAAGAUUACUAUGAGUGUCUACACCACAAGAAAGAGGCUUCCAGAGUUCUAUCGCUACAAACUGCAUACCGGAAAGCCGAAACCGCAUUACCUCGAGACAGCGUGCCACCCGCGGGAGCUAUUAGGAAUUUGGGUCUGUUGGGGAAGGAGGAAGAUAGCAAAGCAGUCAUAGGGAGUUUGGGAAAGCGAUAG